CACGCGCGCUGGCGGGGCAAUGGCGGCGCACCUGAGCUCGGGCCGGGUGAACCUGACGGCGCUGCGCGAGGCGGGGCGGCGCGAGCUGCGCGAGUUCCUGGACAAGUGCGCGGGCUCCAAGGCCAUCGUGUGGGACGAGUACCUGACCGGCCCCUUCGGGCUCAUCGCGCAGUACUCGCUGCUCAAGGAGCAUGAGGUGGAGAAGAUGUUCACGCUCAAGCCGGGCCGGCUGCCCCCGGCCGACGUCAAAAACAUCAUCUUCUUCGUCAGGCCCAAGCUGGAGCUGAUGGACAUCAUCACGGACAAUGUGCUCAGGGAAGACAGAGGCCGCUCUCCGCAGAGGGAUUUCCACAUCCUGUUCGUGCCGCGCCGCAGCCUCCUGUGCGAGCAGUGGCUGAAGGAGCAGGGCGUGCUGGGCUCCUUCAUCCACCGCGAGCAGUACAGCCUGGACCUGAUCCCCUUCGACGGGGACCUGCUCUCCAUGGAGUCUGAGAGCGCCUUCAAGGAAUGUUACCUGGAGAGUGACCAGACCAGUCUGUACCAUGCAGCAAAGGGGCUGAUGACCCUGCAGGCUCUCUACGGAACCAUCCCGCAGAUUUUUGGGAAGGGCGACUGUGCUCGGCACGUGGCCAACAUGAUGAUCAGGAUGAAGCGGGAGUUCCCUGGGAGCCAGAAUUCCAUAUUUCCUGUCUUUGACACCCUCCUGCUGCUGGACCGCAACGUGGACCUGCUGACGCCGCUGGCCACGCAGCUGACGUACGAGGGGCUGAUCGACGAGAUCUACGGCAUCCAGAACACUUAUGUGAAACUCCCUCCUGAGAAGUUUGCCCCAAAGAAGCAGGGUGAGGGUGGCAAGGAUCUCCCCACAGAACCCAAGAAGCUCCAGCUGAACUCUGCAGAAGAGCUUUAUGCUGAAAUCCGAGACAAGAACUUCAACGCUGUGGGGUCAGUGCUGAGCAAGAAAGCCAAGAUCAUCUCAGCAGCCUUUGAGGAAAGGCACCAUGCCAAGACUGUUGGAGAGAUUAAGCAGUUUGUGUCCCAGCUGCCCCACAUGCAGGCGGCGAGGAGCUCGCUGGCCAACCACACCUCCAUCGCAGAGCUCAUCAAAGACAUCACCACAUCUGAAGAUUUCUUUGAUAAUUUAACAGUGGAGCAAGAGUUCAUGUCUGGAAUAGACACAGACAAGGUUAACAAUUAUAUUGAAGACUGCAUAGCUCAGAAACAUCCGUUAAUCAAGAUCUUGCGGCUCGUUUGCUUGCAGUCCGUGUGCAAUAGUGGGCUGAAGCAGAAGGUUCUGGACCAUUACAAAAGAGAGAUUCUCCAGACUUAUGGCUAUGAACAUAUAUUGACCUUAAACAACCUGGAGAAGGCUGGACUCCUGAAACCCCAGACAAGUGGCAGGAAUAACUACCCAACAAUCAGGAAAACGCUGCGCCUGUGGAUGGAUGAUGUUAAUGAGCAGAACCCCAAUGACAUCUCGUACGUGUACAGCGGCUACGCCCCGCUGAGCGUGCGCCUGGCGCAGCUGCUGGCGCGGCCGGGCUGGCGCAGCAUCGAGGAGGUUCUGAAGAUGCUGCCAGGGCCCCACUUCGAGGAGAGGCAGCAGCUCCCCACUGGCCUGCAGAAAAAGCGUCAGCACGGUGAGAACAGAGUGACCCUGGUGUUCUUCCUGGGCGGGGUCACGUACGCAGAGAUCGCCGCGCUGAGGUUCCUGUCGCAGAUGGAGGAUGGAGGCACCGAGUACAUCAUUGCCACUACAAAACUGAUCAAUGGCACUACCUGGAUCAAAUCCUUGAUGGAGAAACUGGAGCCUGCCCCUUUCUAGGGUGUGUGUGGUGAGAGACAGUAAAUGUGAGAGGCCCUGUGUGACACAGGCACUCAGCUGGCAGAGAAACACAGCAGUGAAGCUCUCCUGGGACCAGCUCAUGACCCUCGUCCCUUCUGCACAGUGUUCCAGCUGCCUGUGGAACUUCCAAGCAGACAAGCUGGGUUGGAAGGCACUAACAAUAAACAGUGGGGAAGAGGGAGAUCCCUGCUCAUGGUCUGACCUGGCAGCCAAGGGAAGGGCUGGGGCAGCAGGAAUGGGCCCUGGUCCUUCUCUGUGGCAAAUUGCUGCUUUUUUUCUUUCACUUUAGCUUUGGUGGGAGAUGUGAUUUCUGCUUUUUACCCCUCUAAGGUGCUGAGGAGGCGGGAUGUUCUCUAUUCCUGACUUCAUCCCAGUAUUCCCAGACUGUUUGUCUCUCUCUGGUGCCUGAUCCAUUCCAUGGGUGCACUGGAUGUGUCAGUCAGAGAUGUGUACACAGCUGUACCUGUGAUCCUCGAGCCUUUUCCCCUCACUUGUCCCCUGAAGGGAUCGCUGUGAGGUGACUCCU